AUGAUGCUGGAGCCGCUUGUGUUGUGCAGCAACCAGGGACACUUUCGUCAACAAGGCGAAAGCGAACACUUUUGGAUUUAAAAUCAGCGAGUGGGAGCCGCUACCAGUUUAUCUUCGAGUGGACUGUUGUUUUUUAUGUUCAGCGGAGGAUUAGUUGUUUUCAUGUUGUGCAAUUUCCAGUUCUUGGGUGAAGUACCGCUGGCGAAUUGCAUCUGUUCGCCCGGAGGGUCAUCGUCGACGGCGGCACCCUCUGCCUCACUGUCAACGGUUUAGAAAAUGACCGGAGAGAAGAUCCGCUCCCUGCGCAAGGACCAGAAACCGAGCAAGGAGGAGGAUUUACUCGAGCCGGACGAGGAGGCGGCGACCGGGACCUUCACCACCACCAAGGCGAACAGCAAAAGCAGGGCGAGUAAAAUCUUCAGCAACCACAAGUUAAUCAAGUCGCCAUCCACGCAGCAGCAACAGCACCAGAACCAGCAGUCGCAGAUCAAUGCUAACACGAACACACUGUCAACGACGGAUGUCGUCGAUGACAACAACAAGAACCCCAUCAUCCGAACCGGGCAAGACUUCCCGGUGCACGAAUGUGUGUUUAAAGGCGAUGUCCGACGGCUGUCUUCCCUCAUACGGACGCAGAACAUCGCCCAGAAAGACGUCCACGGAAACACACCCUUGCAUCUGGCUGUCAUGAUGGGGCACAAAGAGUGCGCCCAUCUGUUACUGGCCCACAAUGCACCAGUGAAGGUGAAGAACGCUCAGGGAUGGAGUCCCCUCGCGGAGGCCAUCAGCUAUGGAGACCGACAGAUGAUCACAGCGCUGCUGAGGAAGCUGAAGCAGCAGUCCAGGGAGAGCGUGGAGGACAAGAGGCCCAAGCUGCUCAAGGCCCUGAAAGAACUUGGAGAUUUUUACUUGGAGCUUCACUGGGACUUCCAAAGCUGGGUGCCUUUGCUCUCCAGAAUCCUGCCUUCAGACGCGUGUAAGAUCUACAAGCAGGGCAUCAACAUCAGAUUGGACACCACAUUGAUAGACUUCACAGACAUGAAGUGCCAGCGUGGUGACCUCAGCUUCAUCUUCAAUGGCGAUGCCAUCCCCUCCGAGUCCUUUGUGGUGCUUGACAAUGAACAGAAAGUCUACCAGCGGAUACACCACGAGGAGUCAGAGAUGGAGACAGAGGAGGAAGUGGACAUCCUAAUGAGCAGUGAUGUGUAUUCUGCCACCCUCUCCACCAAGUCCAUCACUUUCUCCAGGGCACAGACCGGUUGGCUGUUCAGAGAAGACAAGACGGAACGUGUGGGAAACUUCCUGGCAGAUUUCUACUCAGUGAACGGCCUGGUGCUCGAGUCCAGGAAGAGGCGGGAGCACUUGAGCGAGGAGGACAUCUUGAGGAACAAAGCCAUCAUGGAGAGCCUGAGCAAAGGGGGGAACCUGAUCGAGCAGAACUUUGAGCCGGUGAGGAGACAAUCUCUGACUCCCCCGUCACCCAACACUAUAAGCUGGGAGGAAUACAUCUCUGCUGACAAUGGAAAAGCUCCUCAUCUUGGGAGAGAGCUGGUCUGCAAAGAGAGCAAGAAAAACUUCAAAGCUACAGUAGCCAUGAGUCAAGACUUCCCUCUGGGCAUUGAAUCGCUAUUAAAUGUUCUGGAGGUGAUUGCACCCUUCAAGCACUUUAAUAAACUCAGGGAGUUUGUUCAGAUGAAGCUCCCCCCUGGCUUUCCUGUCAAACUCGACAUCCCUGUCUUUCCUACGAUCACAGCCACGGUGACAUUUCAGGAGUUUCGCUACGAUGAGUUCGACGAAUCCAUCUUCACCAUCCCCAACGAGUACAAAGAAGACCCCAGCCGCUUCCCCGACCUUUAACCCUUCAGGUCGGACCGCCGCGGGGGAAGCAAACGUAGAACGUGGCAACAUCACACUCCAAAACAUUUUUUUUUUCCCCCCCGUUUGUUUUUUAAAAGCAAAACAACAACUAAGGUUAUUGUCAGCUACAGAACAGCACAUCUGGAGCUGGUAGGGAUUCAGUGCCUUGCUAAAGGACACUCGGGCAGGGUAGAUGCUGGCUAACACAGGGGGGGGGUUUGAACCAUGGUUGAGAGGGGAGGGGUUGUCUGCCUAUUCACUACAACACCCCACUGCAGUAAGACAGCCACAGUUAAAAAAGCAGCCGCCAUGACAACAGCCCAUCGUGGCAGAGAGGUGAUCAUUAAAAAGUGUUGUGGGGCACAGUGUUGCACUUUCUACUUUUUGCACCACCUUCAGUUUUGGUUCAGCCCGGGAACGUGAUGCAGGACGCAAAGUCACUACGUUCAUCAGGCAAGUGAGAGGGACUGGGGGUCUCUUCCACGAGCGGGCAUUGAGGUUGCAGUGAGCGACAGAGAAGCAGGCAGAUAGAGGAAGUGAGGAAAGAGAGGCCGAUGCUAUGUAUGUAAGUAUGUAUGUAAUGUUUAUAAAGGGACUAGGUCUAACCUCCCGUAGUGACGCACUGAAGUUACUGUAUGUGGUAAUGUUGAAGAGGAUUUCCACAGUUGACGUUUUUUUUUUUUUUUUUUUUUUAGGGGUUUACUCUGCAAAAGUAGACAUUUUCUGAAAAAAACUCUAGAUGUUUUUAGCUUUAAGGUCAAGAAAAUGCAAUUCUCUGACAUCACCGGAUAGAAGACCGUCAUGUUCUUAAUACCUGUGAAAAAAUAAAAAGGUACAUUUUAAUGAAACGGCUACUUUUACAGAUUAACAACCUACAAGUUUCCACUUUAAAUCAGCAAGUGAUAAAAUAGGUUGUUUUGUUAUUUUGUUUUGUUUCGGUUUGGGUGUGUCUGACAAGGCCUGUCCCGAGCGUGGAGUAGCAUCACUGACAUUUUGGGCACUAUUUCGAUUCACUACAGCUGCUCUGCACUCGGCCGGCCUCACGGAGGCGGCCGCGGUGCGAGUCCCCGGCACCGCGUUUGAAAAUGUCGUGUCAGUGAGGUGACGCUAGAGAUGCUGCAGAUUUUUUAACGGUACCACAAAGUCUUCUCUGUUUGACGGGACGGCGAGCGUGGCAUUACAAGUCCUGACGUCUAAGCCUUGUUUUCUGUCUUCAUAUUCUACCUUUGUAAACUAUACGACAAACUGAACAAUCCAGUGAAAAGUAUCAAACCAGGGGGGUUGUACUUUUUUUUUUUUCUUUUAAGGAGUUAUCAGUAGACAUUAGGGAAUGAAUGAAUGAUGUUUAAGUACAAUGUUCACGCCAUUUUUACAUGUAACAAAAACUGGGCCUUUCCCUUGCGCAAUAUGUAAAUACAUCAGUUUUGUUUUUAUUGCUUUGAUCUUUUACGUUCUCCUUUUUUUUAUUUUCUUCAUGUUGACGGGACUAAGAUGUAGUCUACGCGAGGAAGAGAUGUGGAAAUUUUUAUGUAUUGUCAUGUGAGUUAAUUCAAAGAGUUUAUUGGUUUAUACCAUGGUGGCAGUUGAUAUUUUUGUACAUAGAUUUCUUUGCUGGUUUAAAAAAAAAAUCUCCUUAUUCUCUUAUUGUGUUCCCUUAUUAUUAUUAUUUUUUUUUAAUCCCAGUUAAUUUGCAGAAAUGUAUGGACCCCUUUUAGACCAUUUCCACAGGGAGAAGAGCACAAAGCACCAUGGUUCCUUGGAAAUUCAUUCUGUAGAAACUUGCAGUCCAGGAGGUGUUGACACUGACCCGGGCAGGAAAAGCUUGUAAACUCUUCUGAAUCUUUAUAGCUGCUUAAACAGUGGACGAGCUCUUUAUCUGGUCGAUGUUGAUCCAAAUAGAUAUUCUGCAGGAUGUUACGCUUAACUUUCCUUCAUUCCUAAGCUUGGCUAACCCCGGAGUCAAAACUCAGCCGUUGGCUUCACUGAUGCGAUGGUUUAGGCUUGGUUAAGAUUUUGUCCAGCAGCCAGGCGUUCAUGGUGGAGCAGCUUCUUAUUUCCAGUAUCAGUGCAGCCAGGUACAGUGCUUUUCAUUUCUCUCCAUCACGAUUCCACUCCUCACUACUGGCUAGUGCAGUCGAUGGAAUUGUGCCUCCUCAUUUAUGUUACGUACACUUUUAUUUGAUGGCCCUUCCUGCCGAUGGCUUCAGCAGCUUGACUCUUAUGUUUGUUGUAUUCAUGCAUCUACAUCUUGCCAGUUGUACAGCAAGAACCCCUGUAUAAGCCUGCCACACUAUUUUCAUAUAAAAUGUACUAAAAUAAAAACCCCACAUAUCUGAAUGAACUAAUGGGCUCCAUGUUUUUCACAUCCUCACAUCACUGAUAUCACGAGCAGGAUCUUAGACUUUUUAUUUAUCGUCUGUAAUGAUUUUUCCUUCCUCAGUCUCAGCACAAAGAAAAACAGUUUAACCCAAAUUUUAUUACUUUGUUGUAAAAUAUUACAAUGUAUUACAGCAACACGUUUGGAUCUACAGUGUACACUUACAUGGGGGUGGUGAAAAGGAUGGGACAGAUGGAGCAGGACUGAGUGCAAUACAGUUAAAGCAAAUUGGUUAUGUCUCCAACAGAGCAAA